AUGUCGCAGAACACCGCGCCUGAAGCGCUCUCCGCGCUUCGAGCGGCGAGCAGAGAUAUAAGCUCCCCAAUAGCCCCCUAUUCGAUGUCAUCAGGCCAGAGAGAUAACGUCGAAGAUCCAUUCCACAACUGGCUACACAAUGUUCAAAACGCGAGUCUGUCCCGGCUGCACACAUCCUCCACGGAGUCUAUUCUGGACUGGCCGCAUUUCGAUUCAUAUGCGCAAAUCCGACAUGGACAAAGUGUCUCCAUAUUCAAUCUUGAGCAGGCUCGCCCUCCCAUGUCUGGCAGCUGGCAAACGCCCAUGCUCCCGUAUGCAGAUGCGGCCGAGAUUGACAAAGUUAUCGAAGCAUUCCAGCGAAACAUCAACUUUUGGUACCCUACCAUGGCAAAGAGUAUGAUCGAGCCACUGAAACGCAAAUUGUCAAUGGGAGAAUUUCGGACUGAUUGUGAUUCCUGCCUUGCUCUCUUGAUGAUGGCGCUGGGGUGUGCCUGUGAGGCAACGACUUCGGCAUUUCAGGACGGCUCAGAUUCAGCCCAGCUCGACCUCCUGCCACGGAGGCGCCGAAUGGGCGACAUAUUCUACUACGCAUUCUCACAGAGACCUCUGCAAGCCUGGUCCUCCAUCAAUGCAACGGCCACCAAAUGCCGCGUUCUACUCUCCUAUCAGCCCGUCGGCACCACUUCAAGCGACGAAGAAUGCAUUCGACGGAUUUUCUGGUCAUGCUUCAUCCUGGAAAGCGACUACCUCGCCGAGCUUUCCGCCCUCCCUCUCUCCGGCAUCGCAGAUAUGGAGUCUUCCGUACCGCUCCCGGGGCAGUGCCACACGCACGACGACAUCGGCGAAGGAGAACGAUCCGCCCUGUACUUUCUAGCCUGCCUCUCCAUCCGUCGGCUACUGAAUCGCGUUCAUCAUCUUCUCUACAGCAAGGACACCGGCGCCAGCCUCGACGACCGCCGCUUUCCAGACAUGGUCGCCGAGCUCGAUCACCAACUCGAGGAGUGGCGCGAACUCCUGCCGCCUGCAUUCCAAUUCGUCCUUGAUACCCAACCAUCCCAAAACCAACAGGCUGGGUUCCUCCGGCAGAGAUAUCUGACGUGUCGGAGCGUGAUCUACCGGCCGUACUUGAUGUGGAUGCUCGCCGCGCCGAGGUGGGUCGACCACGCGGUGCGGGAAAUGUGCAAGAAGUGUCUCGACGCUUGCAUUGAGCAUAUCCUCAAUCUGAGGAGCUUCAGCCACACCGUCUUCGUGGACACGUGGAUCUGUUCUUUGUCAAUGGCAGCAGCUAUGUUCAUCCUGCUCGCGGGAUACCGCGUGCCGGGCGUGAAACCUCAGAUACGGCCCGAAGCUACGAUACUAGGCCGACACCUCAAGGGGCUCCUGGCCAGAUGGGCCGCCAUCCCUGGCGACAGCCGUUCACCGAGUGUAGCACAAGCUAUUACGUGGAUCGAAAUUGCUGAUGAUCUGAUCCAGAGCGAAGCCAAUGGACUUUAG